UAUGCAUGAAUAAACCGCUCGCGUGUGAGUCAAUGAAAUUAUGAAGUAUUUACAAACUGUCAAAAGGAUGUAGUUUUUUUUAUCUGAGUUCUCUAAAUAAAAAUGAAAGUAGGUCGGUUGUUACCUGGUUGAAUGACAGUGGUUUACCAAAGCGAUAGUUAACUUGACAUUAAAACCUACUUUAAAGUUUGUUGACACCAUUUAACAAGCAGUUCUAUCUAAAUAGUAGAUUAUAUUCAGAUUAAAUAGUGUGUAUUAUACCAAUAAGAGGCCUUAAUAAAGGGUACAACAACAGGAAAAGGCGAUAAUAACUUCGUUUAAUUGAAAGGCGCGACAUCGUACGAUUUUGUCAGCUGACUAGAUGCAGUGUCAGUUUGCAUAUUUUUGACAAUUAUUUAAACGAGCACACAAUUAGAACUUGCGGUAAUAAAUUUUUGGCGUAGUUCAGGUUUGGUGUACUAUAUCUUAACUAAUUUAAGGAAAUACCAAUAUAAGCGGACCGCAACGGUCAUUUGGAGGAUUAUAUAUAGGUUUUUAUUGUAAACAGACAUUUUCAAGGCUGCGGAGAGAAGAGAAAAACUUUUAUGGACUUAAUAUCAUAGAAGUACAGUUUAAAUUGUCUCAAAGAAAAUGGAUGUGAGAGCUGGCAUCUGGAUCACCUGGUUGGCCAGUAUCGUUUUUAUAAAUACAGUAAAUGCAGUAGAUCCUCAUUACUUGGAAAAGGCGAAAAUUCUCAGCCAGGAAGAGGUAGAUUCGGCGUCUGAAGAAACCGGAAGGUUCGAAGCUUCGGCGAGACGCUGCAGGAAGGUUGGCGAAAAAGCUGCGAAAAAGCGUGUGUCGUGCAUUGCCGAUACGGACUUCUUUGAAACGCUGUCCAACCGCGUGCACAUGUCUAGAAUAGUACCCACGGCAAACGAUAGAGAACUGUGGGAUCUGGCAUACAAAAUCAGCAAAUGUUCGCUAAGUUACUCUAAAUACUUUGAGCAUGCUUGCAAAAUAAAAACCAUAUAUUUGAAUGACCGACGUCGUUGCAGACGACUUCGUUCACGACAGGCCCGUGCUGAAUGUAAGGGAGAAAUUCAGAAAAAGUAUCCUAAUAGGGGAUAAAUGGACACUGAAACAAAAAUAACCGAACAAGAUACCAAAUGUGCCUUCAUUGUGUGAUCUAUAAAUACGAGAACAAAAAGAACUUGUCCGUCAGUCGGCCCGCAACUUCACAGCAAACUGUUACUGACAGAGGUCAAGAAGGUCCUAUGUCGCUAACCGAUCAGCCACCGAAAUGCGGACAAGAUACGGACAUCACCUGUGUACAAACUAUGUGGGAAACUGCCAGUUUCUUUAUUCGCAUUAUCUAUGUCAUAUGUAAAUAAGUCUUAUUUAUUGUACGCAUUCAUUAUUCAAACUAUUUAUGUCACUCUGCACCUCAUUUUCCACUCAUUUUUGCCAUCCUAGGUUAAAUUUCAAAUUCACAAUUUUUAGUUAAACAAAUAAACACUGUUGAAAAAAAGAAGAUAAUAAACAGUUUUACAACAUGACUUUUCAACCACUUACAUAAUUAAUUUUCAAGUAAGCAUAAAAUUUUACGUAAUACUCGAUGUUCAUGGUCUUACUUUUAUCGUCGGGAUGACACGACGGUAAUCUCAAAUUAAAACAAUGAAGUAGCAUUGAAAAACGCAUAAAUUUGCAUUUGAAAUUCAUAUAUUAUUAUAUUUUGGCAUAAAGAAAAAAGUUAUCCUCUUUUUUACGCAGAGGUGACAGAAUUUGACUUGCAAUUAGCAUAUCCUUAACUAUGUAAACAAAUACUUUAGUAAAAGAGAUACCGGCGUAUUAAGGAUAAGCCAUUCAUCCUGUUACAGUAGACCUAAAUGUGCAUAUCUACUUUAGACACAGACAUCCGAUUUCAUCAGAGAGCCCCGUACGUUAGAAUACCAAAAUUUUGUUUUGCAAAAAUCAAAAUUUCUUCUUACUGUCAUGAUAAAUGAACUUGUAGACUUGUAGAAAAUUUAAGUUUUUUAGUGUGGUUUAUUGGAUUUUGAUAGGUCAUGGCACAAUGCAUGCCGCGACGGGCGUUCCUAUGAAAAUCCAGUGUCUGUGGUUUCAGCGGACGAAAAUCGGAUGUUUUGAUGUUAUUGUUGUUGCUUGCCAACUGUAAGUUCGUGAUUUACGAAGGAAAAGCAUGCAGUAAUGAUCCACAUGAAAUAUGAUGCAUGCACUUUAUCAUACUUUUUGUGAAUGUAAUUAUUGAUUAAUGAAAUAUUAAAUAUUGCGAAUACCUA